CGACAGGCCGUCUUUUAGGCGAGUUCGUCUGCUUGUGCACACCACUGACAUCAAACAGGAUGACGCAGGACCCAGGUACUUUGUACUCGACUGCAGUACCUGUCAACCACGGUCGUUCGUUCUGCGAUGCCGGUGUUCUGGCCACGGCAUCAUUUGGUAGUGGGUAUUCAACCGUCAUGUUUCGUACUUGAUGCCCUGGCAAGGCUUGCCACCUAGAUCAGGCCCUGCCAUUGGUGGUCGCAUGUCGUGUGAGUCGACACGUCGUUAGCGAUGCCAUUAGACUGGUGUUAGCCAUCCCUUCGAACGCGACUUCCGAUAGGUCAAACAUUAGUUUGACCGACGUGGCAUGCGCCGGACUCGUUUCUCCGGCCAGCGCAUUUUUGCUGCCACUACUUAAGGUUCGCAAGGCGAAGGGCCAAGCUGCGACGUUGUUUCGCCCACCAUGCGCGCGCCUGCAGUUUGGAUCGUUACCCUUUUCAUUUUCCACGCGUCGCUGGUGCAGUGCGCCCCAAUCUACAUCAAGGGCUUCUACAGCAGCUGCAAGGCGCGCCACGUCGUCGAAUUUGGCGAUAGCUGUCGGCGCAUUGCGGACUCGUAUCGCGCGUCGUUUGUGGACCUCAUCGUGAAGAACCGUGAGGUGGUGAACUCGAGUUGUAGUAACCUGACGCCGGGCAUGACGUUGUGCAUCCCGUACGAAGACGACUUCGAGAUGGUCGCGCAACCUAUCCCGUACCGCCGCGUCUGGUCGCCCUUUUGAAUCCCACGUCAGUUCGCGCUAUCACUAAUAUUAUGGACAAUCUUCAGUACGAUUACAUACCUUCAAGGACGUCUUCUUAUCCACUCUCUCCUGGGACAACUUGUGCGAUGCAUGUUCUGUAAUUAUAUAGGUGUAUUCGAUUUGAAUCGUGAUAUUAUACAGUAUAGUGCGACUUG